AUGUUGGACGCGAAUUUCAGUAGCUUAGUUUCCAGCACGAUCACUGUUCUUAAUUCUACCAAGAACGACUACAAUAAUGUCAGUGGUGACAGGCGUCUUCCAGGGGCAUUCCAUGAAGCAGGUCAAGGGCUACUUCUUAUCGAGGAAGUUUUCCAGUAUGUCAAAUCACAAACAGAUGGACGCAACAUACGUGGAGACCAUGGAGACACUAUAAGAUUGUUGGAAGCCUGCAAAGCAAAAGCAGAGUUGUCUGAGGGCAUAUUCAAGGAUGUCUCUCAAGCUCCAGAGACGGAGAGAUUCGAGUAUUAUAAAAGGGCUGUGAGACGAAAGGGUGAAUGCAAUCCUGUAGAGGUCUUGGUGAUGGGAAUGAUGAGUGACGUGUGUGACAUGGCCAAGGACGGCGCGAUUGAAGCAAUUAUGAGAACUCGCGUUAAAGUAUUACGCGAAGCGAUCGAAAAGUUGUCUAAGAUGGAGCCGUCUGUGAUAAAUGAGCAGUCGGGCAACAUUUUUUCCAGCUAUGGUUCUGGUAAUCAAUUCAAUGCCACCGGGGGUGCUCAAAACAACAACACAGGCAGUGGCAAUCAAUUCUCUGGGGCAAGCUUCAGUGGACCUGUUCAUUUCGGCAGAAAUAUGUCCUAA